AGCGGUGCGCCGUGUCCCUUGGACACAGCGGAUCACCGAUCAACAGAAAGAGCCGAAGAUGUCGGCUCGAUCAUCUGAUCAGCUGUGUCCAAUCACAGCUGAUAGCACUGAUCAUCAGGGCACUGAUGAUCAGUGUAGCCCCAGCAGUGCCACCUGUCAGUGUCCAUCAGUGCCAGCUGUCAGUGCUCAUCCAUGCCACUUGGCAGUGCCCAUCAGUGCCACAUAUCAGUGCCCAUCUGAGCUGCCUUUCAGUGUCACCCAUCAGUGCCACCUAUCAAUGUGCCUGUCUGCCUGUCAGUGCCACCUAUCAGUGCCAUAUAUGAGUGCUGCCUUUCAGUGCCCAUCAGUGAUGCCUAUCGAUUUCCUUCAG